AUGGCCACAACUGUCUUUUCCUCCCUCGCCCCUCCAGACGAUCCUCGUCGGCACAGCACUGUUUCUACAUCUGCUGGAUCAUUUCGUUCUGCUCUUCAGCAGCAGGCUCAGCAUUACACAGAGUCGUCUUGCUCGUCGUCUACACACACACUGAACCCUGUUGCAUCAAAGGAAGCUGAUGCUCUACACGCUCUCGCAGUAGCUUCGACUCAAGAGCUACAUAUCGUCAAGGUCACGAACGAGGUUGUAUCGCUGCAAUCUGGGUCGAUGUUGCACAAGGCAGGGACACACCACCAGUCUAGCAGCACCGACUCGGCCGUUGGUCCACCACCACCCUCUCCGCCCUCCAGCACGGAAGAUGGGGGUGAGUUGACUCCUCCGAUGGCUGGUUCUCAAAAGUCGGACACCCUCGCUCCGCCUUCUACACAAGCCAUCGCUUUUGAGACACAGACAAUUAUAUUCGAGGAAUCUGUGCUCGGGCCGCGGACGUCGACCAGCUCUCGUGGAUCGCCUGUCCUUCCGCCCCCUCGCGUGCCUCAUGUAUUGCAGCACCGCUCCUCAACAGAAACGCGCUCUUCACUCUCUCAGUCGAUCGUACCCCCACGCAUGACCCGCACGUUAACCCCAUCGGAUGGCCCCUCGACGCCGGACAUGCCGUUUCCCGAGGCACCACCGUCACCGACCCGUGUGCAUACGUCUGCUGACGGAUUCCUGCAGGCGCCGCCAAUGAGUACGCAUACACAUCGCCGUAGGAACACAACGGGAUCGACCGCGCCACCCGAUACACUCAUAAAUGGCACCCCCACGCGCAUGAAGACGAUGCACUCGCCACAUAUGCAUUCGCAUUCGCAUCUUGGGGAGCUCGAGGAUGGCGAAGCUGUGGUCGGAUUGGAGUCAGAGAUGCAGCAGCAGGCGGAGCAGAUCAGGAGGGAGCGGCAGUCGAAGCGGGUACACAAGGCCCAGGCAGAGAGUGCCCUCACGCGGACAAUGUCUCUCGUCAGGGGGCCAUCGUCCAGAGGUGACGAAGGUCCGCUGGUUGGGAACCUAAUUGGGGAGGACCACGUCAACUACGUGUUAAUGUACAACAUGCUGACGGGCAUCCGUAUCGCGGUGUCGCGGUGUCAAGCCAAGAUCAGGCGCCCACUCACACCGGACGAUUACACGGCGCGACACAAGUACUCGUUUGAUAUUGUCGGAAACGAACUGACGCCAUCGGCGAAGUAUGACUUCAAGUUUAAGGACUAUGCCCCAUGGGUGUUCCGGGAGCUGCGGGAAGAUUAUUUCCACCUCGAUCCCGCCGACUACCUGCUGAGUCUGACGGCCAAGUAUAUCUUGUCAGAGCUGGGCUCCCCGGGAAAGUCGGGGUCGUUCUUCUACUUCUCUCGCGACUACCGCUUCAUUAUCAAGACGAUUCACCGGAGCGAGCACAAGUUCCUGCGGAAAAUUCUGCCUAAGUACUACGAGCAUAUCAAGACGAAUCCCCAUACUUUGCUCAGUCGGUUCUACGGUCUUCAUCGUGUGAAGCUCCCGCACGGGAGGAAGAUCCACUUUGUGAUCAUGAAUAACCUCUUCCCACCUCACAGGGACGUCCACGAGACGUUCGAUCUCAAGGGAUCAACUGUCGGACGGUUGUAUCCCGAGGAGAAGGCCAAGGAAAAUCCAAGAGCGACCCUGAAGGAUCUCAAUUGGAUUAGCCGCGGGAAAGUCUUGGAGCUGGGUCCGGAAAAGCGCGCGCUGUUGACCGAACAACUGCGCAGAGACUCUGAGCUGCUGAAGAGUCUACACGUCAUGGACUAUAGUCUUCUCGUGGGUAUACACAAUAUGCGGCGCGGAAAUCGCGAUAACGUACGGAGCAAUACCCUGAAAGUGUUCUCGCCAAAUAUGCCUGUCAUGCGGCGAAAACCCACACAGGUCAAGGGUGCCUCGUCGCCAGAUGCCAUCGCUUUGCGGCGGAUCAUGCGCGAGUCGGAUCCCAAGCGCUUCGGGUCUGAAACAAUCAAGUUGCCCGACGAGGACACCGCAGGAGAGCGACAGCACUUCCUGUUCUACCAGGACGAAGGUGGGCUGCGGGCCACGGAUGAGGUGAACGACAACAUGGAUACGAUAUACUAUCUUGGUAUCAUCGACACUCUUACACCGUAUACAUCGCUCAAGAAGCUUGAGCAUUUUUGGAAAGGGCUGUCGGCUGAUCGACAUAAGAUCAGCCCGGUCCCGCCACAGGAAUAUGGAGACCGUUUCUUCUCGUUUAUGAAAGCUAUUAUGCGCGGCGGGGAAGGCGGUGCAAGGUUCAAGUCCGAGUGA